UGCGAUAACUUGAGCGCAGUGACCUCCGAAUUCCCCGAGGUGUUCCAGGGGUUAGGUUGUGUGAAACGGGCAUACCACAUGGUGCUGAAGGAAGGAGCCAGGCCAACGGUGCAAGCAGCCCGGCGAGUCCCUCAAGCUUUGCGGCAGCCACUGGAGAGGGAGCUGCAGCGCUUAACCGCCGCCAACGUUAUCCGGAAAGUGGAUGAGCCAACUGACUGGGUCUACACCCCUGGAGGAUGGCCGGUGCCCCAGCGAGCUUCUAAUGGGACGCCGCAUUAGGUCCCGUCUUCCUGACUUCACGCCAGCAGUUCCAAAACCAGCCAGAAAACACACACAGGAUAACACUAAAGGAUGUUUUUUGAAGCCACUACGGGAAGGUGACGUGGUACGUCUGAGGGACAAAGGACAGUGGGUCACAAAGGGCCACGUGUUAAGGAACGUGGCGCCUCGUUCUUCACUGGUUGUCACGCAGGAUGGCCGGGAAUAUCGACGCAACAGAGAACACCUGCGACCAACGAAUGAAGACCUGCAGAGUUCCGAUCACUUUGAGGAGCACCUGGAAGAUUCCCCAGCCUGUGCCCUGACCAGCAUUCAAGCUACACCGGCUGCAUGGACCCCAACAGUGCAGCAUGAUGAUCCAGCCAUCCCAACCACAGUCGCUACUUCAACGAGAACUCCGACCAACUCCCCAGCUGCAGUCAACUCCACAGCGAGAACAGAGGAUGAUCUGGCUAGUGAACUUAGACCAUGUGUUACUCGGACAUCAACCCGAACUGUGCGGCGACCCCAAAGGCUAAACUACGAUCAGAACUUCCAGCAGCAAGCUUAACGGGCUUUUGAGUUAUUGCUUUUUAUAUUUCGUGUUUUGUGUAUUUUGUUUAUUUUCGUAUGUAUUUCUUGUUGGUUUUUCAUAGUCCAAAGAAAGGGAGAUGUAACAGUCUUGAUACUAGCGCCACCGCCACACUGAGUGAGA